AUGGCGACGCCUGAUCAGGAAGCAAUCGCCACUUUCAUGAACAUCACCGGCGCCGAUGAGGCCGCCGCUGUACGGAGACUUGAGGAUCAUCAUGGCAAUUUGAAUGCAGCUGUGAAUGCUUAUUUCAGUGAAGGGGAUAGAAACCUAACUCAAGAGGCAUCUUUAGCUGCUCCUCUAGAUGAUAUGGACAUAGAUGAUCCAAUACCAAUCGAGUCCCGCAGACCUCCGACCUCAUCACUCCCCCUUGCCAGAGAUUUGAACCCUUUCUCUCUCCUUGAUCCCAAUUUCACCAGAAAUAUGUUCGACAUUGGUAGCGCCCCAGCUCCAUCACCUUUUGUCUCACACCCAAGAGAGGUAAAGGAGAUCCCAAUUGAGGUGAAAGAUGGGAUUGGAGCAUCAGGUCACUCUGGUGAUGCUCUCAAGAUUGAAGAGGUAACUGAAACUGCACGUGAACAUGGCCCUGAAAUUCGUGAAACGGCCAUAAUUGAUGAUGAACAUGAUGAGAAAAGUUCGUUGAAUUCACCAAUCACGCAAGCUGUUGGACAUGGGACUGGAGGCACAUCAACUAAUCAUGGACCAAGUGCUCCCACUAUUGUGGAUGUGCCCGACUACGGAAAUGAGAUAGAGGAAGAAAUGAUACGAGCUGCUAUUGAGGCUUCGAAACAGGAUGCUUCAGUGCCAAAUCAACUAGUUGGCGAUCAUCUUGAUGCGCAGUAUCCCACUUCUCAGCCUGGAGGACAGUCCCACCAAGAAGAUGCUGACCUUGCACAUGCAGUUUCGUUGUCAUUACAGACUGCAGAGCGGGAAAAAGCGCUUAGGGAACAGGAAGGAAAUACUGGAGCCUCAGAAGUAGGUCAGAUAUCAACUACUUCCCCUGAGGAGUGGGGUAGAAUACUUUCCAAUGGACGGCAAUCUCAGUUGGAGCAUGGAGGCACAUCUCUCCAAGAUGAAGUUGAUGAUGUAGAAGAGCCACUGGUUAGACACAGGAGAAGACGCGUGUCUUCAGGUCAUCUUGACAUUGCUAAUAAUAUUGAAGAAGAGGAGGUCAGCCCGCCUUCCAGUCCUCCACAGCAUGAUCGUGUUCAUGAUCCGCAGCAUGAUAGAAAUGAUUUCCCCUCUGAGUGGGGUGGCAUCUCUUCAGAGGAACAUGAUGAAGCUGUAAUGCUUGAGGCUGCAAUUAUGGGUAUUUCGUAUGAACCUCAUCAGCUGAUGAGAAAUGGUUUAGGUACUACAGUGGAUCCCUAUCCCUGGCGUAUGCCUCGUCCUCCAUCACCUUCUCUUGCUGCUCAGCGACUCAUACGAGAACAACAGGACGAUCAGUAUCUUGCUGCUUUACAAGCUGACAGAGAAAAAGAACUGAAGGCUAAGGAAGAAGCCGAAACUGCUCUGGCAGAAGAGAAACGGAAAGAGGAUGAAUUGCGCAGAAAACUGCAAGAGGAAGAGGAAGUUGAGAGACAACUAGCAGCGAAGGAAGCUUCUCUUCCUCAAGAGCCAACAGCAGAGGAUGAGAAUGCUGUAACACUCCUUGUGCGUAUGCCAGAUGGAAGUAGGAGAGGACGCCGAUUUCUGAAGUCAGACAAGCUACAGUGUCUGUUCGACUUCAUCGAUGUCGGCAGAGUGGUCAAAUCUGGCAGUUACAGAUUGGUGAGGCCAUAUCCUCGGCGUGCAUUCAGUGACGAAGAGAGUACUUCGUCUCUGCAUGACUUGGGUCUAACCAGCAAACAAGAAGCCUUGUAUCUGGAAUUGAUAUAG